GGUGACAACGUGUGGCGGCGCGGAGAGCAGUGAGGGCCCCAGGGGUGUCGUGGGCCGCUGCUCCCGCGCUCCUCAGUGGCGGUAAAGCAAGUGACGAGUGAGGUGCGUUCGUUCGGGAGUACCUUUUGGGAUUACAGUGUGCCUCCUCAACGCUCAGGUGUCGCGUCGCCCGUUGAUGGGCGCAGCGAGGCAGAGAUGGCGCCGCUACGCCGCGUGAAGCUGACGCAGCUCAACGCUCACCUGGUGUGUGUGCUCUGCUCCGGCUACUUCGUCGACGCCACCACCAUCAUCGAGUGCCUCCACACCUUCUGCAAGACCUGCAUCGUGCGUUACCUCCAGACUUCGUCCUUCUGCCCUAUUUGUGAUGUCCAGGUGCACAAGACGAAGCCGCUGCUGUCCCUGCGCGAGGAUCGGACCCUCCAGGACGUGGUGUUCAAGCUCGUGCCCGGCCUCUUCAACUCCGAGAUGAAGAGGCGAACCUGCUUCUACAAGGAACACCCGGAAGGAGGCGGCGACAAGACGGAGCAGAGCCUUAGGGAGCGGCGACACUUCUUCCACGUGGACGACCAAAUCUCCCUAUCCUUGGAGCACGCGACCGCCCCCCCCUGCCCGUCCCUCGUGCACUCCCACCUGGUCAAGCCCCUCAAGGUCAGCAACGGCCAGCAGGAGAAGCAGGAGAAGCAGAAGUCGCCGGUGCAGGAGGAGAAAGGCGGCGACUCGGUGGCUGUGAAGGAGGAGGAGACGGAGGGGCGCGAUGGGCCGGACUCGAAGGUUCCUCUUAAGCGGUACUUGAGGUGUCCCGCUGCCGUACAGGUGUCCCAUUUGGAGAAGUUCGUCCGCUUGAAGUACAACUUGUCCCCCCAAACACACAGGGUCGAGAUCAUGCAUGGAGGAGACUGCCUGGUCGGGGAGCUCACACUGCUGGACGUGGUGUACAUGUACAAGUGGACGGAGGACGCGCCGCUGCGCCUCAUGUACUCAGUGACGGUGCUGCCUCGGACCCGUAAGCGAGCCAGGCCAGGCGGUGCCCGAGCAGCGGCCAAGACGGAGCCCGGCGCCCCGCCCUGCAAGGUGCCCAAGCUGCAGCCUCCCUCGCCGGAGAGCAAGGCAACGCCGCCACACGUAAGUAAGUGUCAGGACGUUGUGAAGGGCGGCGUGGCGGCGAGUAGCGAGUGUAAGGAUGAGAAGUCGGAUGAGAAGGAUCUCGUCUUGCCGCCUCAGACGCCAGUCACCUCAGCUGCCGAGAAGCCGUGUGUGGCGACGAGCGCGGCGCCGGUGAGUGCCUCGCUGUCCACUCAGACGGUGCCCAGCACGUCCGUCACGCAGACCAGUAUCAUGAGCUGCGGAUCCGUGCCUGUGCAGCUGCCCGUUCCCGGCAGUGCCAGAGCGAGGCCGGCACUCACCACCACCACCCCUGCCACCGCUACCCCGCGCGUCGCCCUCCCCCACAUGCCGCCGCAGGCCCCGCCCGCCACUGUUCCUGUAUCCUCGGUGGCACCCAACGCCGCCGCCGUCGCGCCAGCCUUCAGCCCCAAGACGCCUAUCAGCCCGGCCAUGACGUCAACUUCCUCUGUCAUGAUCCAGACGCCCCAGCCACUCAUGAACGGCCUCAGUGACUGCGGCAUGAAGCAGAUCCGCGGCUCCUCCGGCCCCACCAUGUACGCCAACAAGAUGCCGCAGCCAAUCAUCCCUACACGUCCCCGCCUGGGCCGGCCGCCCAACUCCUCUCGCAUCCAGGCCGCUAAGAUGAGGCCUCCGGCUCCCCGAAUGCCCAUGAACAACGUUGAUGUUCGUCAUCGGCCGAUGGGCAAGAAAGUGUAUCCAGCCGGUGUCGUGACGCGGCCUAACUCCGUGGUGUGCGCCAGCCUCAACGUGCAGAACCGCCUCAGCAGCAUCAGCGGGCCGCCCGCCAAACUUGCGGCGUCUAAAGUAUCGGUAAAGAGGUCAGGUGACGUACAUCAGGACGGUGCUUCGUCUCCCCUGCAGCAUCCCCCAGUGUCUACCUUUACUUCCCCCGUCACAACGACAACGCCCAUGUCACCCACAUACACGACCUCUACACAGGGUCCGCCCUCCACACAGCCACCUUCAUCAUCCCUCACGUCCACCACUAACGCUCCGCCCGCCGUCAGCUCCGCGACGCCCACAACCAAGGCUGCAGCGUCACCCCAUCAAGGCACAGUGGCGAUUGACACGCAGACACAAAAACAGUGUCUGCCGCAGCCCCAGGGCACGGGAGGUGUGCAGCGGCCAAGUCAGCAAUCACCGCGGCCGCCCAUCAACCCCUCCAUGAGACCUACUGUGCCCCAGGGUCCCCGCUACCCCGGGCCGCAAGGGUGUCAGCGCCAGCCACUCCCACAAGGCACCCAACGGGUAUCCACCCCGCCCGGCCCCCCGCGGCCCCCCACUCCUACAAGCCAGAAACCUGGACCACCGGUACACCAACAGACCCAAGGAACGCAGCAGCAUUCUAGCCCACACCUCAUGCAGCCCCCCUCCCCCCAGGGAAGUCCCCAGCCUCCUCCCAUGGGAUACCCAAGGACUGUGUCCCCCGCCGGGCACGGAGCACAGAAGCAUCCUCUGUCUGCCAACCAGCGUCUUCCAAACAUGAGUGCCCAACUUCCCCACUUGGCCCCAGGCUCUCAACGUCCACACACACCCGUCAACACGCGGCCCCCCAGCAGUUCCGCCCCCCACCGCCUCCCCAGCAACCCUGCCCCCUACCGCUCUCCCAGCGGCCCUGCCCCCCACCGUCCCCCAAGUAGCCCUGCCCCUCACCGACCCCCGAGCAGCCCUGCCCCCCACCGCCCCCCCAGCAGUCCUGCUCCCCACCGCUCUCAGAGUAGCAGCCCCGCCCCGCAUCGCCCUCCAAACAGUAGUCCAGCUCCUCAUCGUCCCCCCACCAAUAAUUCUGCCCCCCAGCGGCCCCCUAGCAGCCCCGCACCACACCGGCCCCCCAGCAGCCCCGCGUCCCAUUCCUCGCCAGGCAGCCCCGCACCCCACCGCCAGCCUGGAAGCAUGACUCCCCGCCCGCACAGCACCCCGACGCCUCCCUCCAAUGCCGUGACGCCUUCCCCGCGGUCCACGCCCUCACCUCGGUGCGCGUCAUCCCCCUCCACGACAGGACCCGUUCCUGUGUCUGUUAGGGACGCUCUUCCUCCGCUGUCCAUCACCUCGCCCGCCACCGGUACCACAACCACCACUAGCACCGCUCCACCUGCCGGCACGACCACUACCAAUGGCAACGCAUCGGGGCCCAGGGCCAAUGACACCAGUAACUCCGGCAAAACUGUCCCUACGUCGGGUGCCGCUGUGUCCCAGACGCCGAACGCGAAAACAGUGUCUCCGGGCAGCGGCAAGACAGCACCUAAGUCUCCAGGGCGGGGUCGCGGGACCUCCAGCUCCCCCACCAUCCUGAGCAUCGCGCAGUCCCUCGCCAACAAACAGCUGCAGCAGCGCACGGCCACCACUGCCAUGAACCCCGUGAACAGCACCGCCAUAAACUCAUCGACUAUUGGCACGACGCAGAUCAACGCCCAUCAUUCGUACACCACCGCGACGACCAACACCCCGGUCUACCCCAGCCCCGUGCCCAGCAGCCUCGUGCCCCUCGCCGCCUACAUGGCCACGUACGGGGACGCCACACCUGACGUCACCGCCAUGAGGAACCUGAUCACCCUGAGCCAGACGGCGGCGUGCAUCAGGGAGCUGAACAUGGCCAUGGUGAAGACGCUGCCCAGACCCUCAGACCCGGCGCCCAUAGACCUCUCUCCCACCAGCAAGGCAGCGCCGCAGACCCCACUCACCAACGGCAGGCACCCCACUACCUCUUCCUCCUCCUCCUCAACGGCGGUCACCAAAACGACGAACUCAAAGUCUCCUACAAAGACCUGCCGACCCUCCGCCACCCCCAGCACCCCCAACAUAUCCCCGCCGACCCCCGAGGUGACCAUUACCAAGCUACCCAACACCGGCGCCGCCACCUCCACCACCACCCCCACUUCCGGCACCACCAAGAACACCUUCAGCUCCGGCAAGCUUGGCUCAUCCAACACCAACACUGUCUCCAUCACCAAGCGACCCGCCUCCAGCAAGAUAGCCGUCACCAAGUCCCCGGCCAACGCCUCGGUGAGACAGAUCCCGAAUCCUUCCUUCGUGAGGCACCAGUCGGAGGCGAGGAACAACAACAACGUAUCCAAGUCAACGUCCUCCUCGGCAUCCAACACCACCUCCACCACCACCAACACAUCGAAGAGUGUAUCCAAUAAACACGGUGGCGGUGGUGGCCGCGCGCCGGGCAAUUCCCCGCUCAAGGAAACCGGUCCUCUUCCUGAAACGUCCUCAAUUUUGAAGAUCGAGAACCUCACCAAGUCCCUGACCGCCCCUGCCGCUGCUGCAGCUGCCGCCGCUUCACAUGGGUUCGCCUUUUUUGAUAACAGAUAGGGAAUGGCUAGCCUAGAGCCUUUCCGAUGCGGUGAGGAGUGACGAGGAACGAACCGAACGCCUGACAGACAGACGGACUUCCAGUUGUCGUGACCCACCAACUAGUGCCGCAACCCAGUGCCUUGUGACGUGCGUGCUGGUCAGGGCGAGGCGGCGGCCCACGCGGCCCAGUGCCCCGGACGUGACUCGGUGCACGCUACAGUGAUAUAACUAGUGGUUUAGAUACUUCUCUCCCUCGUUCGGAGAUUUUAGUCUUUUACCAUAGAACUUUUGGGAUUGCAUUAGAAGACGAGCUCGUGAGGUAGAUGGCCAAUGAACGGACUAGUGUAUGGACUUCUUUCCUGGUCUUUUUCCAAGGUUUGUGGGACUGACUGUCAGUGUCUUAAGGGACUCUGGCACUGUACUUUUCCGCUGUUAGAGGAUCGAGGCUUUUUAUAAAGAGUAAGCAUUCAUGUAUCGACACACAUACGUACAUUUCCACGACUUAGAUAGACUGCUGAUUAAGCAUAUUUAUUAAGGCUUGUGAUCGUUUCUUUACGUGUACAUAUCAUAUAUUACUAUUGUAUAUAUUGUAAUUCCCUAUACGCCAAAUGUAAGUUUUGGAAAUACACAAAGAUUUUUAGAAA